CACGGUGUUUCACUUGUCCCAGGCACCCAAGAGGACUAUAUAAACCCCCAGGUUUUAACACACUGCUAAAUCAACAGAAAUCAACACAACAAACAUGUGGUUCACAGAAAAUUCAGCAGAAGCAGCCGCACACAAGCAGUUGAGUGGGGGUGGCCACACAGCUAAGCUCUCUCACGAGCUCAUCGCCGCCGCCGCGUCGUACGAGGCGGCGAAGGCCUACGAGCAUCACGUUGCAAAGAACGGCAAACCAGUCAACCAUGAGAAGGCAGUCGAGCUCUUGGCGGCUCUGACUGGCGGGUUCAUUGACCGAAUCGCCGAGACCAAAGGGAUGGAUGAGGUCGACAAACAACGCGCUAAACACGAAGCGCACAAACGUGCUCAGGAAGCUCUGGCCCAGCACGGAGAAUUUUGAGAGUCCAGCGGCCGUUGUAUUAGUGGCGUUCUCGAUACCGCACCACUGCAUCUGUAGCAAUAGGAAAGAAAUAUCACGUUAGUAUCACAGACUGAGAAUGUUUGACCCUGCUAUAAAUAACACGAAUAUAGAAUGCUUGGUGGCCC